AGAACAGCCUUUGCCAAGCGAGAAGAGAAACGCUCAGAAAGAAGACUAUUUAUUUUGGACUUAUUUUGGACGCUAAAUCGAAGAAAUCGGCGCGGCCUUCGUGCCUGUUGGUGCUCUGGUCGGCUAAUCUGGUAAUUGUGAGGCACUGGUGAAAACAAAACCAUGGGUGACUGCAGCGAUCUUGACCGUCAGAUUGAGCAGCUGCGGCGCUGUGAGGUCAUAAAGGAAGCAGAGGUCAAAGCACUCUGUGCCAAGGCACGGGAAAUCCUUGUGGAAGAGAGUAAUGUACAAAGAGUGGACUCGCCUGUUACAGUAUGUGGAGACAUUCAUGGACAGUUUUAUGACUUAAAAGAAUUAUUUAAAGUUGGUGGAGAUGUGCCAGAUACCAACUACCUCUUUAUGGGAGACUUUGUUGACAGAGGCUUCUAUAGUGUGGAAACUUUUCUCCUACUUUUAGCACUGAAAGUUCGAUACCCAGACAGAAUCACAUUGAUCAGAGGCAAUCAUGAGUCACGACAAAUUACUCAAGUAUACGGUUUCUAUGAUGAGUGUUUAAGAAAAUAUGGAACCAUCACAGUAUGGCGAUACUGCACAGAAAUUUUUGACUACCUAUCACUAUCUGCUAUUAUUGAUGGCAAGAUUUUUUGCGUACACGGAGGUUUAUCACCAAGCAUUCAAACACUAGAUCAGAUACGUACUAUUGACCGCAAGCAGGAAGUCCCCCAUGAUGGCCCUAUGUGUGAUCUCUUAUGGUCUGACCCCGAAGAUACUCAAGGCUGGGGUGUGAGUCCACGAGGAGCAGGCUAUCUCUUUGGUUCAGAUGUUGUAGCACAAUUUAAUGACACAAAUGGCAUAGACAUGAUAUGCCGAGCUCAUCAGCUGGUCAUGGAAGGAUAUAAAUGGCAUUUUAACAACACAGUUCUAACCGUUUGGUCAGCACCCAACUACUGCUAUAGAUGUGGUAACGUGGCAGCCAUUUUAGAACUGGACGAAAAUCUUAAACGGGACUUCACAAUAUUUGAGGCAGCACCACAGGAGAGUCGAGGUAUACCAGCAAAGAAGCCUCAAGCAGACUACUUCCUUUAGGAUUUUUCUUUAGAAAAGUUGCAGUAUUGCUGUGUAGGAUAUCUUUCACUCAUUCUGUGAAUCAACUUACACUUGCUGCUUUGGCACAAGGUGCUACGAGACUUAUGGGCAUGGUAUGAUUCACUAAUUAAUUUAAUUUUUUUCAUCAUUAUAUUAAUCAUUUUAUGACUGACUAUCUAUAUUAUUUUUAUUUUUAUUUUUAGUAUGAAUAUUUUCAUUAAUUUGGUUAUCAUAUCAACAAACUAUUCCCUUUUUUCCUAUUAUUCUUGUUGAUUUUUUUUUUCUCUCUCUCUCUCUCCCUUCGUUCUUUCUUUUUAACUUUUUCUUCUCUUUUAUCACAGCUAUUAUUUUUUAUAUUUUGAUAUUAUUUUUGUUAAUACUAUUUUUAUAAUUGUCAUUAUUUUAUUAGAAAGUCAGUAAAACCAUUUUAGGAAUUAUUGCUAUCAGAGGACCCAUUAUAAGUAAUUAUUGGGGGGAAUUUAGAUGUCACAGAUAUUCGUAAAAGUUAUUUUGGUGACAACUGAAAUGUUGAAACAUUUACUUGCUCACAUGUUACUGUCUUUUUAUGAUGAGUGAACUACAUUCUUUCCUACCUAUAUUAAUGACAUGCUUAGGAUCUGUAGUUGAAAUAUUUCAGUGUGCAUCUUAGAAUGGUGUAAGCACAGUUGUUUCUAAAUUCUUACAGUGAGAGAAUAGACAUGAAAAUGUGCAUUUUUGAAAUGAUUCCCACUUGGAAAAAGACCCAUCUUGCCUAUCCUGACCAGUUGAAUCUGUAUAUAGCAGGUAUGAAUAAUCAAAGGUUCAGGCCUAGGGCAGAUUGUGGGCCUGUAAUUGUAUGUAUGUACACAUGUACUCACAUGGAUGUAUGUGUUUGUGUGUGUGCAUGGUUGUAUGUAUGUGGGCAUGUUCCCAUCACACUCAUUUCCAUGUUAGAUGACCUUGGAGUGCGUACUUGGUAUAUCAAAACUCGGUAGAAUUGAAAUUUGUAGGUUUUCCCCCACUUGCAAUGUACGAGACUUGGAAAUGAGGCUUUCUUGAAGUAUUUGCUAAAGUAGCUUAUGUGUUUCUGGUUUACUUUUUAAUGAAAUUUAUUUCUUGUGCAGUGUUGAAUGGAUCUGGAAAAGUCUCACAUUUGCUCUCAGAAGAAUACUUUCUGUCUGCACCAGUACAGUUCUAGCCAUUUUUUAUACCAAGAACACUCCUCAGGUUGUUUUAGGUGUCACUGGUAAACAAUGUGACAUGAACUCCUUAUGAGUCAGUUUGGUGCACUGAGGUGAAGCUUCACCAGAAGUGACUCAUCUUUUACUGUCAUCUGUACAUGAAGCAUAGUCCAUUAUUCAUCCAGGGUUCUUGAUUGUCAUAGCUCAUUGCAAUUUUUUGCAAACAUGAAAUGUGAAUGCAUUAUCUUUAGAAAAUUAUUUGAAAACUUUCUUUCCCUCCAUUUUAUUAUCAGAUGUGCAGGUUUGUGCAGAAAAGUAUAUAUAUGUAUAUAUCCACUACUUCAGAAGUCUUGAUUCUCUUUCAGUGAAGGUACUGUAAAGAAAGCAGAAAAAAAUCACCAAGACUCUGGUGUUAGAAACUGACUGUCCUAAAUCAUUUACAUUGUUCAUAUUGAGUAAUAUUGCCUCCACUGUCUGGGAGACUGAGAAUCAUUUUGAACACAUGACUGGCUGCAGGGGGCAUCCUGUUCAACCAGCCUACUCAUGAAUUGGUAAAGAUAUUGAAGUACCUCAGUGGCUUGUAUCAGAUGGUUCUUUUUCAGUCUUCUGGCAGUGUUGGGAGUGGAUUGAAAGUCUAACUCAUCAUGUUGGUCACUUUCCAUCUUGAAACACUGAUUUGGGGGGAAAGCAGAUAAAUAAAGAUUUUCUUAUGAUUGCUGUUGAUAUCUUGUGUGUGAAAGUAUUCAGAGGGAAACGAAAAUAAAUCCAAGCAUGUAGUUUGAAAAACUGUGCAGACCUUGUUGAGCAAUUGGGAAAGAGUUCCUUAAAAUAUCCUGACUUCUUGUCAAUAUCUACAUGUGUAAUUAUCUACAGCUCUAGGCAGUAAAAUUUGGUGGAAAUUGUGUGCAGAAAUUUAUUUUUUUGCAGACUACAUACAUUCUCUUGAAAUGCCAUUUUUUAUAUAUAUACUAGUGACAUACUUGAUGCUCUGUCACUUUGUGAUGUAAUCUACUGGUAUUUUAGUAACUUUUCAUUAUAAAUAUUGUACAAAUAUUCCUAAAGAGGAAAAGGCUCUGAUAAAGCAAAAGAAUUCUAGCAGGAAAGAGGACAUAUAGCAUUUUCCUGUAGUUCUUUGGUUUGUAAAGGAGAAGUAGAUUGUCCAUUAAUUUAUAGACAAUAUAAGAAGAUAUUUGUUUAAAGUAGAUUAUCCAUUAAAUUGGAUACAGUAUAUGAGACAACUCUGUGAGAAUCUGUAAAAUUCUUAAAUGAAGUUUAGAAAGUGCUCUCUCUCUUGUUCUUGUCUUUUGCUUUACUUCUUUUUUCUUUUUUUUCCACAAUUGGUACAAUAAGUGAUACUAGCCAAUAUAUGGAAAAUAAAUAAUGUUACAUUUCAUAUGGUCAAACUGACUGAAAUGUAGUCAGCCACUUACGUUAAGAUGAAUUUCAGAAUGAAACUAGGUUUUUGUUUCCCAUGCCACUGUAUUUUAUCAUCUUUUUUCUGGGUACAGUUAUCUUCCAUGAACUUCAAAGUGUUUCUUUUUUCUGUUUUUAAUUUUUGUGCUGUUUACUUUUUCAAGCAAGACAGAGAAUAGAAAACCAACAUAGAGGGAUUUUUUGUUUUCACCAAGGUUUUGAACCUGUCUAGAACUUACAUGUAAGAAUGUGUAAGUGCAUGUUUGCAUGCAUGUGUCAUACAUUAUAUUGCUAUUUAGUAAAUUUUGAAUCAGUAAUCGAGUAAGAAUAAGUGCAAUGGAAACAAACCAGUCUCCGAUAAUUUACAUCCUCUAGAACAAAUUCCUUUGUCUCCAUUAAACUUUUUAUUUUAUUAUUAAUUUUUUUAAUAUUCUCGUCUAGGAUGUAACUGGCAUGGGAGAUAGAUAGGUUUACUAUCAUGGCAGGAUGAUUUUCUGGCAAUGAUGGAUGGCAAGUAAAGAAAUAAAAUAACUAUAAAAUAUGGUAGUCUCAGCACAAGAUGAAAAUGGAAACCUACAUGUGUCUGAUCUUUGAAGGUUUUAUCAUAUAGUAUGAAUCUUUAUCAUGACUACGACAAAGGGCGGCACGGCAUUCACGAAAUUCUUGACCACUGGGAUGAUGUGUACAGUACAAAAGAUGUGUAGCUCAUAUUUAACAUUUAUUUUUCUUUUCCUAAACCAGAAAAAAAAUGUCAAUGGAGUCCAGCUAAUAAAGAUUAAAAGAUUGGUAUCUAGUGGCUCUUCUCUUUAUUAUUUUCCAUUUCAUGAUUAUGGUUAUUUGUAUCCUUACAAGAAUUUUAAAAGGUAUUGUCUGUAUAAAUAGUCAGCCCAAGAUAAUCCCUAAUAAAUAAAUAUAUUCUCCCAUGUGAUGUGCAUUGAAGAACUACAAUACAUAUGAAUAAAUUUUUUUUUAUUUU